GUUGGCUGGCUGGCGAGGCAGAGCCUCUCUUCAAAGCCUGGCUCCCACGGAAAAUAUGCUCAGUGCAGCCGCGUGCAUGAAUGAAAACGCCGCCGGGCGCUUCUAGUCGGGCAAAAUGCAGCCGCCAACUCCGCUCGUUCUGUGCGUUCUCCUGUCCCAGGUGCUGCUGUUAACAUCUGCAGAAGAUUUGGACUGCACUCCUGGAUUUCAGCAGAAAGUGUUCCAUAUCAAUCAGCCAGAUGAAUUCAUUGAGGACCAGUCGAUUCUAAACUUGACCUUCAGUGACUGUAAGGGAAAUAAUAAGCUGCGCUAUGAGGUCUCAAGCCCAUACUUCAAGGUGAACAGCAACGGCGGCUUAGUUGCCCUGAGAAACAUAACUGCAGUGGGCAGGACUCUGUUCGUCCAUGCGAGGACUCCACAUGCAGAAGACAUGGCAGAACUCGUGAUUGUCGGGGGGAAAGACAUCCAGAGCUCCUUGCAGGAUAUAUUUAAAUUUGCAAGAACUUCUCCCGUUCCAAGACAAAAGAGAUCCCUUGUGGUAUCUCCCAUUUUAAUUCCAGAGAGUCAGAGACAGCCUUUCCCAAGAGAUGUUGGCAAGGUAGUCAAUAGUGACAGACCAGAAGGGUCCAAGUUCCGGCUCACUGGAAAGGGAGUAGAUCAAGAGCCUAAAGGAAUUUUCAGAAUCAAUGAGAACACAGGUACCAUCUCCGUGACACGGACUUUGGACAGAGAAAUUAUCGCUGCUUAUCAACUAUUUGUGGAGACCAUUGAUGUCAAUGGCAAAACUCUCGAGGGGCCGGUGCCUCUGGAUGUCAUCGUGAUCGAUCAGAAUGACAACAGACCAAUCUUUCGGGAAGGCCCCUACAUCGGCCAUGUCAUGGAAGGGUCGCCCACAGGGACCACAGUGAUGCGGAUGACAGCCUUUGAUGCGGAUGACCCCGCUACCGACAAUGCCCUCCUGCGAUACAACAUCCGUCAGCAGACGCCUGACAAGCCAUCUCCCAACAUGUUCUACAUCGAUCCUGAGAAAGGCGACAUUGUCACCGUCGUGUCACCUGCGCUGCUGGACCGGGAGACUCUGGAAAACCCCAAGUAUGAAUUGAUCAUCGAGGCUCAAGAUAUGGCUGGACAGGAUGUUGGAUUAACAGGCACGGCCACAGCUACAAUCAUGAUCGAUGACAAAAACGAUCACUCGCCAAAAUUCACCAAGAAAGAGUUUCAAGCCACAGUCGAGGAAGGAGCUGUGGGAGUUAUUGUCAAUUUGACAGUUGAAGACAAAGACGAUCCCAGCACAGGCGCGUGGAGGGCCGCCUACACCAUCAUCAAUGGAAACCCGGGGCAGAGCUUCGAGAUCCACACCAAUCCCCAAACCAACGAGGGGAUGCUUUCCGUUGUUAAACCUCUGGACUAUGAGAUUUCCGCCUUUCACACCCUGCUGAUCAAAGUGGAAAAUGAGGACCCACUGGUACCCGACGUCUCCUAUGGCCCCAGCUCCACAGCAACCGUCCACAUCACCGUCCUGGAUGUCAACGAGGGUCCAGUCUUCUACCCAGACCCCAUGAUGGUGACCAAGCAGGAGAACAUCUCCGUGGGCAGCGUGCUGCUGACGGUCAAUGCCACCGACCCCGAUUCCCUGCAGCAUCAAACCAUCAGGUAUUCUGUUUACAAGGACCCAGCAGGCUGGCUGAAUAUUAACCCCAUCAAUGGGACUGUUGACACAACAGCUGUGCUGGACCGCGAGUCCCCCUUUGUCCACAAUAGCGUGUACACUGCCCUCUUCCUGGCAAUUGACAGUGGCAACCCUCCCGCGACUGGCACUGGAACUUUGCUGAUAACUCUGGAAGACGUGAACGACAAUGCUCCCUUCAUUUACCCCACAGUAGCUAAAGUCUGUGACGAUGCCAAAAACCUCAGUGUAGUCAUUUUGGGAGCGACAGAUAAGGAUCUUCACCCAAAUACAGAUCCUUUCAAAUUUGAAAUCCAUAAACAAGCUGUUCCUGAUAAAGUUUGGAAGAUCUCCAAGAUCAACAAUACACACGCCCUGGUAAGCCUUCUUCAAAAUCUGAACAAAGCAAACUACAACCUGCCCAUCUUGGUGACAGAUUCAGGGAAACCACCCAUGACGAACGUCACAGAUCUCAGGGUACAAGUGUGCUCCUGCAAGAAUUUCAAAGUGGACUGCAACACCGCAGGGGCCCUGCACGCCAGCCUGGCCUCCCUCUUGCUCAUGUCUGUCUUCAGUUUAGCUGGUCUGUGAGAACUCCUGACAUCUGAAGCUUGACUCUCAAGUUUCCAUACCAACAGGAAAAAGGAAAAAAAUCUAUCCAAAUCUGAAGAUUGCAGUUUACAGAUCUCGAACUUCACAACUAGGCCUCAAUUGUUCCAGAGUUUCAUUUUCUUUGCAAUUUCACUUAGUCUGUACUUCAUUUUGACAGCAUCUUCCUUCCUCCUUUAAUUAAGGGAAUCCUCUGAAUUUCCCCUGAAUGUUUAAAGAUCAUGACAUAACUUGACCUUCUGGGAGUAGGAACAGUGACUACUCUUUCUGAUGUGUUGACAUGUUGCUAGCCAGUGUUCCACACAUCCAGCUUUGUCUGUGGGUUGGUAUUUGUAUAUGUAUGAGUAUCUGUAUGUGUAUAUACACAGUAUUUGUAUAGAGAGACGAUACAGGAGAAGCCUAGUUUUGAUAAAUCAUUCUUCCUCGAAAGCCGAAGCAAAGAGUAGGUAGAAGCUAAGAAGGCUGAACCCUCCAGAGCCGCAGCACCAAGCUAAGAACAAGUACAGCCCACAUAGCUGACUCGUGCUCUGGAGUCUCUUGCCCACCACCCCAUCCAGUCUGAAUGCUGCCACAACCAGCCAGGCAGGUCCAGAGAGGGAGAGCAGAGAAAGAAGACCUUUCUCUUUAGUUUGAGGACUACAACCAAUUUCCACUGCCAUCAUAUGCCAUGAUUCCGAGCCAAGGUGGUGAGGAGCAGAGCAGGAAAUACCAUCAAAAUGCCGAGAAAAGGGCUGAAAUAUUCCUUUCUGGGCAUCUACCUGCAUUUGUGUGUGUCCUGAAUCCACACUGGUUUCUCUGGGGACAUGGAUCAUGGUAGAGAGUCUCUUCCUCCUCGGCACAUGUACAAAUGCGAAUGUCAUCACGCAGGUCAUACAUGCAUAUGAAGAGGUCGGCAGGUACCAUCUUGUAUACACAUAUAUACCCACAUGUAUAGACAUACAUUUAUGCACAUACACACCGUUUGUUUCAUAUAUACAUGCAUAGAGUAAAUACAGGUAGUUUUAAAAGUACCCUUUUGUGUGAAUUGACUACCGUUGUUUGCAAACCUGAAAAUAAAAGAUGUUCAUUAUGUAUGAAAAGUAAUUGAUUUUUAUUCUGUGAGCAUGUAAAAGUAAGAGGAAAGUUAGUGCUUGUACUACGAGUAUCUUCUGUCGAUAAGCUGUAAAUGAACCAUCAAAGCUCACACCAAAUUUUUCUAUUAGAUAAAACUAGUGACAGCCUGUGGCUUUAUAUUAGAGCUUGCCACGAUCUAGGGUAAGGUAAGUGUCUUAGCAUAUUUUAAUGCAGUUGCUUACUAAAGAUUUUAACCACACACACACAUGCACAUACACGCAUACAUGCACACACAUGCUUUCUUAUGCAAUCUAUGUUUGCACCUGUGCUUUUCAGUUAGCCUUCUGUAGGAAAUAGAAGUCAUAUGUUGUCUUUGUUGUAGUGAAAUUAUGCAAAUAGAGUUCCAUAUAUUGUAUUUGUUUCAAUAGCGAAUCUUUUUGGAGUAUAUAGAAUGCAGAGGUUUUUUUUUUCAUUAAAAUAAAUGGGUAUUGGUGGUUAAAACUGCUGGAUAGUA